CUCCAUGGCGACUGGGCUGUUCCCGGGGAGGCUGUGAUGGGUUGACAGGUGCGUGACAGUCGGAGCUCUCUGCAGGCAUGUACGGCAAAGGCAAGAGCAACAGCAGCGUCCCGUCCGACAGCCAGGCCAGGGAGAAGUUAGCACUAUAUGUAUAUGAAUAUCUGCUCCAUGUAGGAGCACAGAAAUCUGCGCAGACGUUUUUAUCAGAGAUAAGAUGGGAAAAAAACAUCACAUUGGGAGAACCCCCAGGAUUCUUACACUCUUGGUGGUGUGUAUUUUGGGAUCUCUACUGUGCAGCUCCAGAAAGACGUGAAACAUGUGAACACUCAAGUGAAGCUAAAGCCUUUCAUGACUAUAGCGCUGCAGCAGCUCCCAGUCCAGUGCUAGGAAACAUUCCCCCAGGAGAUGGCAUGCCAGUAGGUCCUGUACCACCGGGGUUUUUUCAGCCUUUCAUGUCUCCCCGAUACCCAGGAGGUCCACGACCACCUUUAAGGAUACCAAACCAGGCACUUGGGGGUGUACCAGGAAGUCAGCCAUUAUUGCCUAGUGGAAUGGAUCCAACACGGCAACAAGGUCAUCCAAAUAUGGGUGGGCCAAUGCAGAGAAUGACUCCUCCUAGAGGAAUGGUUCCGCUAGGACCUCAGUCUGACCCUUGGUUAUCAUUGCAGAACUAUGGAGGUGCUAUGAGACCCCCUCUGAAUGCUUUAGGUGGUCCUGGAAUGCCUGGAAUGAACAUGGGUCCAGGAGGUGGUAGACCUUGGCCUAAUCCUACAAAUGCCAAUUCUAUACCAUACUCUUCUGCGUCGCCUGGGAAUUAUGUAGGUCCACCAGGAGGUGGAGGGCCACCAGGGACGCCUAUCAUGCCUAGUCCAGCAGAUUCAACUAAUUCUGGAGACAAUAUGUACACUUUAAUGAAUGCAGUACCUCCUGGACCCAACAGACCUAACUUUCCAAUGGGACCAGGGUCCGAUGGCCCUAUGGGUGGAUUGGGUGGAAUGGAUUCACAUCAUAUGAAUGGAUCAUUAGGUUCAGGAGACAUGGACAGUAUCUCCAAAAAUUCUCCCAGUAAUAUGAGCAUGAGCAAUCAGCCAGGGACCCCUCGUGAUGAUGGUGAAAUGGGGGGGAACUUUCUAAACCCCUUUCAGAGUGAAAGUUAUUCUCCCAGCAUGACAAUGAGUGUGUGAUCCAUAACCAAGUCUCUUCAUGAUGGCUGCACUGAAUUGGCCCUCUCCAGAGAGCUACUAAAGAAGAAAAAAUACUCAUCCCUGUGUACAGUUUAACAGAAAAGAUUUCUGCCACUCUUGGACCCACCGUGUUUUUUUUUCAACCAUCUUUCCAGUUUUGUGAAGAACAUGGGUCCUGAUUUGAUUUCAGCAUCCAUAACAAGUGGCAUAUCGGAGCUGCCCAAGUCUGAACUGCAAAAUUAUCUGUGUAUGUAUAUGUAGGGUAGGUGUAUGUAUGUGUGUGUUACAGAGACAUAGAUAUGCGCACAUACAUACAUAAACCUGCAGGACGUUGUAAAAUAUUAUCACAUGGCAUCUUAAGUAGAAAUAAGAAAUAGGGACUUUUAUUCCAUCUUUUUCACGUUUACAUUUUAACUAUUAAAAGAACUGCUUCCCUCUCCCCAUCUGAACUGUUUUGUGCUGUGUAUAUCACUGCUUUGUAAGUUAUUUUUUUAAAGAAGAUCUCAAAUAAGUUCUUUUUGUCAUUGUCUGACAUCAAUGAUAGGAAUAAAACUGUUUAUAAGAGGGCUCUCAUAAAGUUGUGUUUGAUACCAAUAA